GCUUUGCCCUGGAUCACAGAGUCCCGGAUGACCUUGACUUGACAUUGCCUCGUUUUGCUUAGGUUUUGCUUUGCACAUUCGCCAUCAUCGCUUCCUGCAGAGCUUCUUCACAUCUGCUUCCAGCAAUUGACGCUUUAUGCCAUUCUUCCUGGUGCAGCGCGGCGCUCAAGCAACGACUAACACUACCUGAAUAUCCCAUCAUCAACACCAACCUGCCUGGGGGGGACUGUGUCGCAUUGCAUUGACUUACAUUUUCCCUCGCGCCCGCAUUCCAAGGCCUCUUAGCCUCACCACCAACAUCACUCACCCGACCUCCAUCACAUUCUAGUCACCUCGUCGCCCCGUUCGAGAACAAUGGCGCCCGUGGAGCGCGAAGCCUCCAGGGACGCUGAUCGACCUCUGAGACACAGACAAUCAAUGUCUUCUGAUCAAGGCAGAGCUCUGGUCCCCAUGUGGGACAGCUCAGAUCCCGACAGGGCACCACCGCCCUUGCCCAUGAACCCGCAAUCGCCAGUUACAACCUCUAGGAAAGGAACUUCCGUUGCUAUUCAGUCUGCUCACGCUGCUCUAAACGAGAGAGCUCGCGAGAGCGCCAUGCUUCCGGCGCCUUUGACCAAAAGGAAUACCGAAACAUCCCCCGAACGUUCUCUUAUCAAAGGAUCGCACCACAAACGCAUGCAGUCCCUACAACCAGGAAACGUCAGAGACCUCAGCCUUCUCUUGGAGAGUGGCCAGCAAUCCAACCCUCCUUCGCCGACAAAAUCCCCUGAGCGGACACGCCCUUCCACGCCGGCGGCCAACAGAAGAGACAGCUUCGCCGACACAAGAAGAGACAGUUUCGCCGACAGCAGGAGAGAUAGCUUUGCAGAUCUGAGAUCGACGGAGAGAGAGGCCACUACGCCUUCAUCAGUUCAAAGUCAGACACCAGUCGUACGUCCGACAAUGAAAAGACAACAGCAAAGCAUCUUGGGCGAAAACACACCUCCGCAAUCUGCUACCAUGCUUGCCAUACAGAAUAUGCCGCUUCAAGGCCAGCAGGACAAGGAGAACGUCGCAAAUGGCUCUACUGCACUCGUCAAGGCUCCUCAACAGGUCGAAGCUCUUUCGGGGCAGAUUCUAAGUCUCACUAGCAUUGCGACAGCUCUCCAGAAAGACAUGGCCCAGUUGAGCCGAAGAAGUCGUGACAAUGCCACCGACUUGCUUAGUUUGAAGGAAGCGACAAAGGCUCGGGACGAGGAUAUCCGCAAGAGCUUGCGCGAACUUAUCAAUAAUGCCCAGGAUGCUGCUGCAAGCAGCAGGCCGAGCUCCCGCGACCCUUUCGUCAACAGCUUGUUCCUCGAUACUAAGCCCCACCACACCUCCCCUCCACCAAGCAAAGCCGGACGCCCCUUUUCUCUACCUAGAAUUCCUUCACCGAACAGCUUUGCGGCAUCCAUCGAUCGAGAUGCCUUGAGCACACCUUCGCUCUGCAACUCCAACACCAACUCCAACUCAGAGUCUCCGACUACCAUUGCGAUACUAGACAAGAUUAUCAGAGACAUGGGUACGAAGGAGGGACAUGACCUGCUUCUUGCUCGCCUGACCGACGUCGCCGAGAAGCUUGCUGGAGUGGCGCCCGCUUCAAAGGUCGAGGAGCUGAUCCAGCUCGUCAAGACUAAGCCAGUUGACGCCAUGAUCCCGCGAAGCGUCGGCGGUCAUGGAGAGAGCACCAGGAAUAUGCCUCGUGCAGCUGUGUUUGACGACGAUAACAGCACAAUGGACUUUGAUUACGACCCCGGCUAUGCAAGUCAGCUGACCCAUCGAUCCGAGAGGGCCUUGCAUAAUGAGCCCGCCUCGAAAUUUGCGGCAUCUGGCAAUGCUUCUGAGAUCGUCAGUGACGAAGUGCUCAAGAUCAUCCGUACCGUCAAGGACAGCGUAGCACAAGGGGGCGGUCUCACCGCAGAAGUCAAGGCUCUUGUCCGGGAGCUACGUGGCGAAGUCCUGGGUAUGGGACGGGAGAUUGGAAGGAGACUGGACGAAGCUCAGGCACAACCGAAGGCUGAAGAGCCCUCGACCGAUAAUGACGAAGUUUCGAAGAUCGUCCACGAGGGAAUCGAGCAGAUGAGAGAGAACAUGGACGAGCUUCUUCGUGAGCAUCGACGCCAGUCCGCCAACUCUGUGGCCUCAAGAGCACCAGCAAUCGACUAUCAAGAAAUAUAUAAUGCCAUGAGAGCAGCGCUCCGAGACUCCCAAGCAUCGCAGGAGAAAGAGCCUGAUCUGAAUCGGGAGGAUGUCAUCGAGGCUGUCAGGGACGCCUGGGAAAACUACAAGCCCGAGGUUGAGAACCAAGAUCCUGGUCUUGGACGUGAAGAGAUCCUCGAGUACCUCAAAGAGGGAUUGCAGGACUAUGUCGACAGGGACCAGGAGCCCGUGGGAGCUUCGCGAGAAGAGGUGUUCCAAGCAGUUGUCGAGGGUCUCAAGCAUUUCUCGCCUCCCCGCGUCGAGACACCAACAAGCCUCUCACGAGACGAGAUUCUGGAAGCCGUUCGCGAGUGCUUAGAGGAGUUCGAGUUCCCUGUUGCCCCCUCAGCGUUCACACAAGAACUCACCCGAGAGGACAUGCUUCAUGCGGUCAAGGAAGGUCUCAGCGGCUACGAUCUGCCUACCGCCGGAGCUCUCGUACCGCACCAGAGCAACAACGAAGAAGUCGUCACUCGUUUGCAAGAUAUUCUUGAGUACAUGCGUGGAGAGUUCCGAGCAGUGACAGAGGAUGCGAAAGUGAACGCCGCCGCCAACGGACGUGACACUGAGCAGAUUUUGGACGCUACUAAGGACGGUCUGGAGAAGCUUCGUGCCGACAUGGAAGCAUAUGUCAGUCAUCUCAGUGGCAGCACCGCCGGGCAGGAAGAAAUCACCCAAACUCUUCUCGGCACAUUAGAUACCUUCAGAGAUGAGAUGGCUAUGCUGGUCGACCGCGUUUCGAGCGAUUCCAGGUCAACAAUCGAGUCACACAUGGAGUCGCUACGCGACACCGUCAACUCCUCCAUGGUGCCGGUCACUCCGCAAGUCAACCAGAAGGAGAUUAUCGAAGCCGUGAGAGAUGGAAUCGACAGUGUGCGUGGCGAACUGCGCCGACCCUUUGCCGGCGUCACGGACAUUUUAGAUGCUCUCCACGAUGGCUUGGCCGAUCUGCGCAUCAGCAUUGACAAGGUCGCGAACCGGCCAGCGGAUCUCACAGCUAACGAUGAGGUCCUCGACGCAUUGAAAGCCGGGCUGGACAAUGUUCGCUCAGAAAUCGAUGGUCUCCGGGAACUGCAAGGCCAGAACGACAAAGCAUUGACAACCAUGCAUGACGGCGCUGUUGUACCGGUCCCGGCCGAUGCCCUCAAGCAGGAUGACAUCAAAAACCUUGAGGUUCUCAUCACUCAGCUCCGGAUCAAGAUCGAGGCCAUGGAACCCGCGAACGCCGAUCCUGUCGCCAAAGAUGAUCUCACUCGUAUGGAGGACAUGCUUCGUUCUCUCCAGGAAUCUGCAUCCAAGGACGACAUGCUCCGUCUCGAGGACAUGCUUCGACUUGUACAAGAGUCGGUCUCCAAGGACGAGACUUCCCGAAUCGAAGAAGUCCUGCUCAACGCCCAGAGCUCAGUCACCAAGGAGGAUAUUACCCGUCUGGAAGAGGCGAUUCUGCCCAUCCAGGAGUGGGUCAAGUCCAAGGAGAGCCCUGUCAGCACCGAUGCUUCAACAAAGGAGGACGUCCAGGCGAUUGAAACUAUCCUUCGUAACACUAAGGGUCGGCUGGACGACCUCAUUGACAACGAGCAAGCGGUGCGAAAGGAACAUCUAGACAGCUUGGAGAACACCAUACUGGAAACCAGGGAAGCCAUCAAUCUCAUCACUACGCAGCUGGAUACUCUCCCGAAGAAGGAUGACGUGACAUCCGUUGAAGCAUUGGUAACACAGGUUGCUGCAGGCUUUGAAGAAAUGAAAGAGAGCGCUGCCAAGCAAUUGGAGGAUCCCGAGCGAGUUACCAAGACUGACGUCGAGGCUGUGGAAGCUGCUUGUCACGAUAUCAAGGACGUGUUCGAUCAACUGCUCAAAACUGAGAUCGCCACCCUCGUCACCAAGGAGGACCUGAAAAAGACAGAGACGACCUUGGAGGAGCUCAAAGGCCCCCUCGAGGCGUUGGUGGUUCUGGAGGGGCUCAAGGAAGGACUGCAGGAGGGCAUGAAAGUCCCAUUGGAUGAGCUGAAGACGGAGCUAAAGACGGACCUCAAGAUCCCCAUCGAGGAGCUCAAGGCUCCACUCGAAGAGCUUAAGACACGACUUGACCUCCUGGUCGAGUCGCACGACAAGGGAAGCGAGGAGCGCCAAGCCGAGAUCGUUGGCGUUAGCGAACGUGUGACUGAAGUCAAGACCUUCCUCGAGGAGUUCCAGGGUUUGGUCAAGGGUAAACUCGAAGAGGGUGCCACUGGAGUCGAGAGCCUCUCAAAGCUACUUGAGGGUGUGUCGACAGCAGUGGAGAACAACGCUUCGGUCAACCAAGACCUGAAGGACCUCUCCGAUACGAUGAAGCUAGAGUUCGAGGAGUCCAAGGCCGCCGUAGUCGGUGCUAAGCUGGAGUCAGACGAGAAGUUCCAGCAGACCACUGAUGCCUUGAGCGCCAAGAUUGAGGAGAAGGUCACGGAGCUGAUGACCAAGUACGACGAGUUUCACGUUGCCCUUGACGACCGCGCCAAGGCUGGGGAGGCAAGAGAUGCCAGCACCGAAGAGGCAGUCCUGGGUACCAAGGCUGUUGCGGAAGAGCUCAAGUCUCUCGUGGACACACUUGGCGCUGCUGUUACCGACUCGAUGGAGAAGAUGGAGGAGGCAUCCAAGACUGUAUUCACCAGAGUUGAGGAUCUCAUGACCAAGUCUGAGGAGAACCACACAGAUGGGAAGGCCGACCACCAGCAAACUCGGGAUCACCUGAAGCAAGCUGUCGACGCCGUCGAAAUCAUUCAGGGACAGCUUGUUGAAUCUCAACCCCAGAUCUUGGAAUCGAUCAAAGAUGUCUUGCUUAUUGUUGGUCAACAUUACGAUUACGCCAAGACGUCAACGAAUGAUAUACAAAAGACAAUCGAGGAUGCCAAGCCAGUCGAGCUCGCUCUGCCACCAAUCCCAGACAAGUAUGACGACACUGUCGUUCUCGAGAAGCUUACCAAAUUGAUCGAGCAUUCCGAGGUUCCAGUCGAGAAGUACGAUGAUGCAGGUGUUCACGAAAAGCUCGACAAGCUCGUUGAACAUGCUUCUGUUCCUGCUGAGAAGUACGAUGACGCGCCAGUACACGAGAAGCUUGACAAGAUCGUGGAGCAUGUCUCCACUCCGGCAGAGAAAUACGACGACACGCCCGUUCAUGAGAAGCUUGACAAGCUUGUAGAGCACUCUCAAGUACCAGUCGAAAAGUACGAUGAUGCGCCGGUCCACGAGAAACUUGACAAGCUCGUUGAACAGCAGCUGUUGAUCCCGACUGAAAAGUACGACGACGCGCCGGUCCAUGAGAAACUUGACAAACUUGUGGAGCACUCUCAGAUACCUGUGGAGAAGUAUGACGACGCGCCUGUUCAUGAGAAACUCGACAUGCUUGUGGAGCACUCUCAGGUGCCUGUUGAGAAGUACGAUGAUGCGCCGGUGCAUGAGAAGCUUGACAAGCUCUCUGAACAGCAGCUGUUGAUCCCGACCGAGAAGUACGACGACGCAGUGGUCCAGGAAAAGCUGGACAGGAUCGCCGAGUACCAGUCUCUGCUUCCGACUGAGAAGUACGACGAUGCGGCAGUUCAGGAGAAGCUCGACAUGCUUGCCUGUGGGCAGUCAUUGAUCCCUACGGAGAAGUACGACGAUGCGCCAGUGCACGAGAAGCUGGACAAGCUUGCCGAGCAGCAGUUGUUGAUCCCAACCGAAAAGUACGAUGACACCAAAAUUCGGGAACAGCUCGGAGUUCUGGCUGAACAGCAGGCACUGAUCCCCACCGACAAGUAUGACGAUGCCGCCGUUCACGUCAAGCUGGACGAGCUCGUUGAUCAUAGUCAUGCUGCUGAGAAGGCCUUUGGUCAGCUCGACACUCUUGAAAAGGUCCAUCAGCAAGUCAUCCAAACAGCCACGGACAUCUCGCUCUUCCUUGCAAGCCAGACCAAGAAGAUCAAAGACGAGGAAGACGACAGAGAGCAGUUUCUCCAGGAGGUGAACAUUGAUCUCGAGCGCAAGCUUGCUCUCAAGGAGCAGAUCGAAGCCAGUUUGCUGGAUCUGAAGCAAGAGGAAGAGAGACUCAGGGCUUCUGUUCUCGGACUUCGGACGGAGCAAGAAAGUCUCAUCCGGCAAAAGACAAGACUGACGGGCGAUGUCUCGUCUCUCGAGACUGCACUGCAUAUCCGUCGGGACGAGCUUCACGACAUGGAAUCUCGUGCCGAGGGCUUGGAGCGCCGCAUUCUGGAAGGUGUUAUGGACCAUUCCCGCGUAUUGUUGAUGUCGAAGGCAACCAAAGGGCGCGACGCUAUGAGCCGUAAGCGUGUCCGGGACCAGAAGCCGGGUCAGGAGAAUGGAGUCCCCGAGAAGCCUGCAUCUCCUGCUGUCAACUUGGCCCUUUCCGCGAAACGAAACCUGAAGCCUCCGUCGCAAGCAGGCGCUGCUCGCCGUAUCUUAUCCCUGAGCCAGAUCACGAACAACGUGCCAACCGGUGGAGUUCAGCGCAGCCAGAGCGUCAGGACUGCUGGCGCCCGUGGUCAUCGCAAGUCUAGUUGGGCUGGAGGCUUCUCGAAGGGCUACGGAGAUCUCGAUAAGGAGAACAUGUCUUUGAAGGAGACGGAGGAGGAGAACAUGCCCAGUCCCACGCCUGUUAUGCACGAAGAACCAGCUGGGGCCGAUGAUCCCAGUGAUACCGAGACGCUCCGUCGCAGCAGUCAUGGCAGUCGUAUGAGCCGUGGUAGCCGCGGUACAACUGUCGUGACAGAGAGUACCGAAAACUACACCGGCGACGGCGAUUAUUCGGACUAUUACGACGAUAACCACAGCGAUUUGCAGAGUGACCUCCAAAGCGAGUGGACUGAGAGUGUAGUGAGCUCAAACGUCAGUUCUAAUGUUAGUUCAGACCUUGGCUCCGACCUCAGUCAAGAAACUCUGAACAAUGAAGUCGCGGCCUAG